AUGGGUAAGCCAAUGCCUUCUCCCCGAAAUGAGGACUACACUCCUCCUCCUCCUCCUCCCAAUCCCGAGAAUGGGGACGAUCCCUGGGGUGGCGGGAGCGAAUACGACCCUCCUCCUCCUCCCCUCGACAAUUACUGGACCUUGGACGAUGGGCAUCCUCAGACCGAGGUCAUGUCCUACUCCAACGGCCAGCCCUACCGUGCUGACUACAGCAAGCCAAACAAAAUCUAUACAUGUGAAGAUGACUGGGGGUGUGUAGUAUUCCCGGGAACAUCGUGUGGUGACCCUAGCUCUAGCUUCACCGGUGGCGAUGGCGUCACCUUCUACUUCCACGGAAGGAGGGACCAGGACUUCUGCCUCGUCUCUGACACUGAUCUCCAUAUCAACGCCCACUUGAUCGGUAACCAUAACCCCGCCAACGACCGUACCUUCACGUGGAUACAGGCCCUCGGCAUCACCUUCGGCGACCACCGACUCUACGUCGGUGCUCGCAAGGCCGUCGGGUGGGACGAGGACGAGGACCACAUCGAGAUCACCCUCGAUGGUGAGCCUGUAAACGUAGACACCGCCAACAACGCUCGGUGGGUGUCCAAGGUCCUCCCCGAUCUAUCUGUGAAGCGCAUAGACAAUGUCAACUCGGUCAAGGUGGACCUCGCCGGCAUGUUUACCAUGUCGGCCAGCGCGGUGCCAAUCAGCGACGAGGACUCGAAGAUCCACAGCUAUGGCAAGACCAUGAAGGAUAGCCUCAUGCACCUUAACCUCCGCUUCAAUUUCCAUUCUCUCACGAACACCGUCGACGGUGUCCUUGGCCAGACCUACCGGAUGGACUACGUAAACAAGAUGAACGUCACUGCCAAGAUGCCAAUCAUGGGUGGGGCGCCAAAGUACCUCUCACCUGGGCUCUUCUCCACCGAUUGUGCCGUCUCCAAGUUCCACGUAAACACUCGUGGUAGCCAUGUCCUUGCCUUGGCAGCGUAA